UGCGUCGGGCGCCUGCCUCUACAUGAAUUAUGAACAAUAUUCUCAGGGCUUCUUAAACUCUACAAAAGGCUACUCUGAUGGGCAGUGAUGGAGUAUGAAUGAGCGUGUUUAUUUAAGAGGAGGACGGAGACUCCACAAGCCACAAGUCAUGCCUGUGAUCUUAUGAAGAUGUGUGUGUGUACGUGUGUGUGUGUGAUCUUAUGUUGCAACCAUGUCAAGAGCAGCACUGACUAAACUGUUCAUCCUCGUGAUCCUCACCUUCAUCAUCUGCCUCCCAGAAUUCUUCACAUUAUACAGAGUAUCAAAAGUUAACUUCUUCUGUCUGCCCUACCGACCCUGUGAGCGAGGCAAUCAGGUGAGGAAGGGGGCGAAUGGCAAGAUCGGGGAUGCUGAAAUUAAGAGAACGGAUAUGUGUGACCCUUCUCAGGCUGAGGAGCGAGAAAAGUGGGAGCAGGCCUGCACACAAGGGAAUCAAAGCAACAUGACAGAUCCUGUAUCGGACUCCGAAAGUGGGCAUGAAGAUUCAGAAAAGAGCUGGUUCAUGUGUCAAACAGAUAUGGACAUGGCAGAAUUGCACAACAUCAACUCAUCGUCAGCCACACCUGAAAAGGUACAUCUGGAAGUGACAGUAGAGCUUCAACUCAGUGAUGCAGCGACCCUGAAUCUCACCUUGUAUGGCCACAGUAAUGACAGCUCCUUAGACCUCCACACACCUGAGGAGCAAGAGGAAGAAGAGGAUAAGAGGAAGGGUGAUGAAGGACAGAAGGCAUUUUACUGCUGUCUCCCUGUCCUGCCCACCUCAGAGGCAGCCAAUCAAAGCCGCUGUCUCCUUUGGCUCGCCAAUCAAACAGUUUCGACUGCAACAGCAAAGGAAAAGCUGCCAUGGAAACGGACACAGAGAGAUGAGUGGUGGUGCAUAUUCAGGGUGCUCUGGUUGGUUCUGCUGUGUGUGGUGCUCCUGACUAUAGUUACAACUGUGCUUGGGCAGAUCUACUUGGACAAACGUUCAUGCAAAAAGCCCACUAAGAGCCCUGUUUACAACCUUACUGGUCAGCAGUUCAAGGAUGGAAAGAAGCACACAGAAGUCAUCACUCUCAAGGGGGAAGACCUUCACUUCUAUCGGUCCCGGCUUUGGUCAGAACUGUCACCCAUUGAAGAAGCAGACUCUCAGGAGGACUUAGAAACCCUGCUGGAUGGAAAUGUCGACCACUGCUACACUGCAAAUCUGCAUCAUCGUGGCCAUCCAUCCACCUCGUCCCUCACAGAGGAGCAGCCAGCGGAGCGGAGCACAGAAAUGGACCUAAAGUGAAAAAUAAAAAUGACUGCAUCACCUACCUACCUUUAUGUUGAAAAUAAAAACAUCUGAGACACAUGAAAGAUGGUUAAACUGUAUUUAUUUUCAACAUGUCAUCCUCAAACAGUCUUAGGGCAUUUUAUUAGAGGGCAGUCUAAACACAUUAGUAAACUGUCCAAAGUUAAAUAAAUGACUUUUGCUCCCAAAAUAUUUUCCAGAUUACAUUACAAAUCAUUUCAUAUUCUAAGGCAGAAGCGCGGCUGAUAAAAAAUCUUACCCCAUCUUGCAGUAGCUGUGAGGAGCCAAAACAUUAUGACAGGACUGACUAAUAUGUUCUUUGCCUGAUAACUUUCUUGCCUGUAUCAGUGUAUUUCUAAAGGGGGGGGGGAGUAAAGAAGGGGAAGAGAGAGGUCUAAAUAACUGCUGGCUGGAAGGUAAGAGUCAAUUUAACACUGGAUAUUCAAACAACAGAUGCACUGCGAGCACCUCAGGUUUGCUGCUGAAAAUCCACCAGUUGUCAAGUGGAAAAUGGUUGAUAUAUUUACCUCUGAGGAUCAAAGCGUAUGUAAAUCUAGUGAUCCUGGUAAAACAAUAUUAAAAGCCUUUAUUCCAGAGGGCAAGAAAAAGUUAAAACACACUACAUGUUUUGGCUACUGCCUUCUUCAAGGUGGGAAAUGUACUUAUUUGCUUUUUCCCAAAGAAAUUUCAAACUACUUUUUAUCAGUGUACACAAGAGGGGAGAAGGAGAACAAAAUGUUUCCUAAUUCAAAGUAUUUUCUGUUCAAAUCAAACUAGAUAAGAGUGAAAUAUAAGGUAGUGUCGCUUCAUAUAAUUUAACGUAAAAAAAAAGAAGAAAAA